CUGGGACAAAGUGUCGCAAGCUGUUUAUGAAGGAGAAGCACUACAGUAGGUGACUACUAGCACAACAGCUGCUGCAGACGCUUCCAACUUAUCGUGCAACUUUAAAAUGUGAAAAGUCAUUGCUCAACAAUGGUCCACUUUCUGUGCGCAGCUGUUAUACAUAUUCGCGAUUGUUGCUCACCUUACUGCAGGUGUGUCCGAAACUGCGAAGCAUAGCGUCAUUGGUUGCCACUGUUUGUCCUGAUGUCGCAUGUUUCAGAUCUUUCAUCGAUAACCUACCGUUAAAUUAUGAAGCUGUACUCUCUCUGCAGGGCUCAGAUAUUUCGAAGAAGAGCAAUGACAUUCAAUUUAGUUUGCGCAAUUCUGUGCUGCAUCGUCGUCAGCGUUCCUGCAGGAGCUUCAGUGGAUGCUUGGGAGGGGAUGCAGCAGUCGGACCUGUACUAUUUAGUGCAAGUAGGGUACCCAUUCUUAGUUGGCAUGAUCUCUAGAUGCGUCUUCUUGAGAAUUAUUCAUCGAAACGAGAGCGACUACACAAUAUUGGGCGUAAUGGGAUACUAUCACCCUGGGAAGAAAAAAUACGACACCUUUUUAGGGUACCUUAGGGCAGAGUUAGACGAGGAAGGAGUCCGGAGUCGAAUGGCGGUUUCCUAUGUUGACUACUAUGUAGAAGAACUCGGACACGAAGCAGUCUACCAGGAUGGAAAGGGCUGUGGGAUUAUGAAGAUUACCAGCCUGCCUACCGGAUACCCUUAUGACAUAAAGAAUACGUGCGAAAUGUGGGCAACCGAUGACGCCGCUGCAGAGCUCAAUCCAGAGUCACCCUGUAUGAUCAAAUACGAGCAACUCGGAUGCACACCAAAUGAGAAGCCGUACAAAAGAAGCUGCGAGGUUCCGCCCAGGACAUUGACUUGCGACAACAAUGAUCCCUCUCUCUGCAUGUGCCCCAUCGGCUCGGAGAUGGAAGAAAAGUGGCUACAUACGUACAGUCGCCCGUGAAAACCUUCAAGGUGAUUGUAGCGUCCUUCCGGACUAUCGUGAAAUGUUCUAAGCUCCUUGGUUCCAACUCUGUUUUAUGACUUCGACCAAUACCUUAGCCAUGAAGAGACAGUGACAUUUACUACUUGUUGUUUUAGGAACCGUGAGAGUAUUUUUACCCAGUUGAUCACCGACAAUUAUCGCAACGAGCAUUUCACACGAAAUGCUUCAGCAGAAUUUGCGUAAAUUUGUGUAAUUUCAAAGAAUACACUGAAAGAGUUGAAGCCGGA